GGAUAGACGUUGAUGCGCUCCUAGACUCACCAUAAAGCACUUGCAUACUAAAUAUACUAAAUGGUUUACGGUAGAAUCAUCGUGUCACGGUCAAAAUCGAGAUUUACGUUGUACGGUGUACAGGAUUUCCUUCCCGCGAGUAUAGAGACUCGGUUGAGCGCGCACGUGCUAAAUGGAUUUGGCGCGAAACUCAGUCGAGCUUUUUCUCUAGAUUAUAGGGUUAUUGCUGGUAUACCACGCAUGCAGUCGACGCGUGAACGGAUGUUCUUGGAAUGAAAUAUUACGUAACACCAAGAACAGGAAGUUUUGUCCUCUCUAUGGGCCAUCAUUCUUCUCCUAAAUGUAUAUGUAGUAGGUAAAUUAAUCGAAAGAGGAAACGGUGCGGCUCGAUCCUGAUUGUGGUGGUUUCUAUUUAAUUCCACUUCCUUUUUUCGGGUCAUCCGACACCGGAAGCGACGGUCACCGAUCCCAAGAUUUCAGGACGAUCGGCGCACCUUGUUCUUGCGAUUUGUCGUGGGACGCAGGUCUUGUCCACCCACUCUGUCUCUGCGUAUAGGUGCUUCGUAAGAUCUGGUCUCGAAAGGUCGUUCGCCACUCUCUUACGUUGACGGAUCUGGUCUGGCAAACUGGCGAACGUUUUAACAAGACCUGGAGAAAAAGAACCUUCAAGGAAUCUCUUUUUCCUCCCCUCGUCACGUUUUAUUUAAGAAAAGAACAGAUGCAAGAGGCAGUUUACUCCGUUGUGAAGCAGGAGAAUUAAGACCCUGAGUUUAUGUCGCUGGUUGGAGAUGAAUGUAGAGGAUUUUUCCUUUUUACGUACUACAGGAUGACGAAUCAGUGGAAUACGAUUGACGCAGUCAUUGGACGAUACGGGGAACCCCAUUCCCACGUAGCUCGGCAAGAAUCAUCUCCUUUUACGGAGGCUCAAUGACGCGGUCAUUGUUGCACAACGCGUGUAAUCGGGAUUUUAAUCGGGUCCAUUCGCAAAUCCAUUAGGGUAACCUGCCGCGAUUCCGCAUCCGCCGCGACCGGUGAAAGCGGAAUUUGAUAAAGCUCCUCCCCCUGCUCGGGAACCUGUCGAAGUGGCUGCGCUUUUUGACGACAACUCGAGAUACGGAUCUGGAAUGUUUUCAAAUAUUUAUCGUGCAGCUCUGGGCAUCACUUGUUAUUGCGAAGGCCACUGUCCGGACGAUCGCCAAAAUGGGACCUGUGAGGGAAGACCCGGAGGUCAUUGCUUCAGCGCAGUCGAGGAAGUCUGGGACGCAGAGGCUGGGGAGUACAUACCAGAAUUCUCUUUUGGCUGUUUACCCCCCGACGAGCAGGGCUUCAUGCAGUGUAAAGGUUACCUGGUACCUCAUCUUCAGGGCAAGAACAUAAUAUGCUGCAAUGACACGGCUCUUUGUAACAAGGAUAUAUUUCCAAUGUACAAGCCUCGUCCUACGGUACCGCCGGAUCCCAUAGCGAUAGCUUCUGGAGCACCAUUGAUUGUCUUGGCAGCUUCGCUAUCAGUAUGUUUGACGGUCUUCUCGAUCGCCACAGUGGUUGUGUAUCAUCGAUACCGCAGAAAAGAGAGAGGCCCUUGUCUCGUACCUUCACAGGGUACACUGAAAGAUUUGAUCGAUCAAAGCAGUGGCUCGGGCUCUGGAUUGCCACUUCUUGUACAGCGCACCAUUGCCAAGCAGCUUGCUCUAUCUCAGUGUGUAGGCAGGGGUCGGUAUGGAGAAGUCUGGCUUGCCAGGUGGAGAGGAGAGAAGGUUGCCGUCAAAGUAUUCUUCACUCUUGAAGAGGCCUCAUGGUUCCGGGAGACCGAGAUCUACCAAACCGUUCUCAUGAGGCAUGACAAUAUCUUGGGCUUUAUUGCUGCGGAUAUUAAGGGCACUGGUUCCUGGACUCAAAUGCUCCUCAUUACGGACUACCAUGAAAGGGGAUCUCUACAUGAUUACUUGCAGACCACUGUACUAGAUCAUCCUGCACUUCUGGCCAUUUGUUCCUCAAUUGCUUCUGGUGUUGCGCACCUGCACACUGAGAUCUUUGGAACUCGGGGCAAACCCGCGAUUGCUCAUCGGGACAUCAAGAGCAGGAAUAUUCUGGUGAAGAGGAACGGAGAAUGUGCAAUUGCUGAUUUUGGUCUUGCCGUACGCUUCAUAAGUGAAAGCGGAGAAAUAGAUAUAGCACCGAAUACACGAGUUGGGACACGCCGAUACAUGGCACCGGAGGUAUUAGAUGAAACCCUGAACACCUCCUCGUUUGAUUCCUUUAAAAUGGCAGAUAUGUACUCCGUUGGUUUGGUACUCUGGGAAGUCUGCAGGAGGUGCGUCACUGGUGGAAAGGUUAGCACUGCAGAACCUUAUGCCCUUCCGUACCACGAUGCAGUGCCCAGUGAUCCAGACUUUGAAGACAUGCGCUUGGCAGUCUGCGUAAAGAGGUUGCGGCCGAUCGUGCCUGCGAGAUGGGAGAACGAUCCAGUACUCUUUGCUCUCAGUAAGCUCAUGACGGAGUGCUGGCACGGAAAUCCUGCAGUCCGCUUGACAGCUCUUCGAGUAAAGAAGACUAUGUCGAAAUUACACAUUGACAAUGCCAUCAAGAUCGUGUAGUGCUCGAAGAGAAGUCCGAGAAUCGUUAAUUUUUGUUUCAAAAACUCCUGGUUGGACGUAAUGUAUCCCACCCUUGUAAAUACUCGCCCCUCUCCGGUGUACAUAGACUUAAUCGCAGACUGCAGCCCGAAGACUGAGUACUGAAAUUUGUAAAUGAGUACGAAUGAUGCUUGUGUGUGUCCGGUGAGUGAAUGAUCGAGAGAAUCACUGCGAAUCGAAUAAUUUUUGUUUUUCUUUUUUUUCUUUUCUUUUCUUUUUUAAGCUCGGGUGUUGAGGCGAUUUCGUGAAACAACCAGAAAUGAAAUUUAAUUUAAUUACACUUAUCUUGGGAAAGUAAUUAAAUUAUUUAUCAUGUAGUCGCAAUAAAAAUGUCUCAUUGGGUUGCCUCACCUCGUUGUAUUGUAAAGAACUUUUGUUAAAUAUAUUACAAAAAGGCUACUACUUAGGGCUGACCAAGGAAUGAAGUUAUAUUCUAGAAGAUAAAACCUUGAAGCGUGGCAGGAUGAUUUCAAAUUUCAAAUAGUGUUUCCAGGUGCUUGUAAUGCUUGAAUCAAAUAAGGCUUUCAUUUUAUUGGGAUCCUUUAACAAUCGCCAGUCGAUCCUUAGCCUUGAAAUGCUCAUUCAGAGACAAAAAGCAUGUGUAAGUUGAUGAAGUUAUUCCGUUUAUCAAGGAGUAAUCUUUAUCAUUAUUCACUAGGCAUUGUUUCCUUUUUGGCCAAUCCUUUAACGGAAAAAAAUAAUUUGGCAUAUCUUCUAUUAUCUUCAUGAACCGUUAAGGAGGUGUAAUUGUUGAAGCGAUAUGUAAAAAGUACUUGAAGCUGGGCUCUCGGUCGUUGACUCGAGAUCGUUGUGUUAUAGCCUAAAGCUCCCUCUGGAGCUAUUGUUAAAUAUUAUCCUAGCUCUUCUCUAAGAGGCCUGAUUGUAAUUAUACUAUUACGAAAUUGUACCUAACGGCUAUUCGAUUGAGAAAAUAAUGAAAUUUAUAUUUUUAAUGAGUAUUAAACGAUAUCAUCUUUUCCA